AAAAACCCUUGUUUCCAACUUCCACCACUCCAGCAAGCGCUCUGGUUCCCGCGGCCACCAUUCAUCUUUGCCUGAGGCUUCUGCUUUAGUCUGAAGAUUUUAAUUGGCAUAUGUUUGCCUCCUUAAGAUCAAAAAUACUGAAAGAAACUUAUUACUCGCGUCGUUCAAGUUCCAUUGACCGAGCAUCGCAUUAAUUACAACUCAACAAAAGACAUAGAUUUUCUCCGUUUUAUCUGUUCAAAUUCCAUUCACUGUGUUAUUGCGAGGUGAUUUCUGGAUUUUUGUUUUCAUCAACUGGGCGAGCAAUGGAUGUGGUUUCGCUAGGCAUGCCGGGGCCUUGGGCUGAAGACUAUCGUGAAUCAUCUGAUUCUUAUACAACAAAGGUCGGAGGAGUUCCUGACUGGCCCCUUCCCAAGGAGGAAAUACAAGCAAAUUCGCUUCAUUGUGGUGCGUGUGGGGGUAAACUGUGUCUUGUAGCUCAGGUUCAUGCUCCAGUAUCAAAUAAAACUGUAAAAAUUCAAGAACGCUUUCUUUUCAUUUUAGGUUGUCCUGCGCCAAAAUGUGGAAGUGCUUCAGAAAGCUGGCGAGUUCUUCGAGUUCAGAAGACCUGCACCCAGGAUGUGGAAGUGGCUUCCGCAACUAAAUCACUUCCUGUGGUUCAAAAUACCAGCUGGUUGGAAGAUGUUAAUGACGACGAUGACUUGGAUUUAGAGCAAUUGGGCAAGGCUCUAUCUGAAGCUGGGACUUUGGCUUCUAGCAGCAAAAAGUCAGUGUCUAAUCCGUGUACUGACACUGCUGCUUCUGCUUCUCCAAAUCAUAGAGCAAUUGAGGUUGACAUUGAUAUGCCAGUUGUGCCUUGCUUUUACAUAUACUACACACAGGAACAACCAUCCUCAGAGGAUCUUAGUUCGAUAUCUUCUAACUACUCCUCGCUUUCGAUUAAGGAGAAUGCAAGUGACAAUGAGGACGAAGUAUGGGAAAAGGAAUCUUAUGAAUAUGAUAAAGCUUUGACUGCUGAUAGAACAUAUCUCAAGUUCAAGAAACGCUUGGAAGCACACCCAGAGCAGUGUUUCAGAUAUUCAUAUGGUGGGAAGCCACUUCUAGCUGCAGUUGAUAAAAUAGACCCUGGUAGUUGUAGUCUAUGUGGAGAAUCGAGGAAUUUUGAGAUGCAGCUAAUGCCUCCAUUGCUAUAUUUUCUACAAGAAGCACCCGAUGACAAAAGACACAUGGUGGAAAAUUGGGAUUGGAUGACCCUUAUCAUAUAUACUUGUUCCAAGAAUUGUUCUGAAAUGAUCGAGCGAGACAAACCCGAUAGUAACGGCUGGAUUGUGGCAGAGGAGGCAGUUGUGGCACAAUGUGAGAAAUCCAUGCCUGUUCGUAACUAUGAUUGGUGAAGUCAUUGAAAAUAUCACACAAUGAGUUGAAUUUUUUGCCUUGAACAUCUUGCUUUUGUAAAUUUUACUAUGUAUGAAGAUUAUGCAACUUUAAUGGAAUUCUACACUGGUUUUGUUUCCUUGAA